UUUCAAUUCAACUUUUUGUGUUUAAAUUCAACUUUUGCUUAAUAUAUAUAUAUAUUUUUUAUUUAUUUGCACACUUUUUAGAUUUACUAACCAAAAUUCAAAACCCCUAUAUCCUUUUUGUUUUUUGUUUUUAUUGCAUCGCCAAAUGCUGUCUUCACUGAGACUUGGGUUUUUUAGCCCGCGAUCCGCGCUAUCCCUGGCAACCCGCCGCACCAUGAGUACCACCACUACCGGCAGCGGCAGCAACAUUAACAAACCCGAACAACAACAAAAAACCCCUCUCUCAUCCACAACCCAAGACACCAAGUCACAGCAAAUGGACCGCAUAAUUGCACCCAUUGCACAACAGCAGCAACAGCAAAAGCAAGGCUCUGAUAAGGUCUUUGACAACAACUCUUACAGCCGUGUAUUUUUCCCCAAACAAACAUACCACCCGAGCGAACUCAACGAAAUGAACGCUCAAAAUCCGAGCCGUAAAGCUCGCGAAUCUCGUACGACUGCGGAUCCCUUUGUCGCCCUCGGUAUUGAUCCCCUGAAGGAGUACAAGAACACUAAUGUGCUGUCCAACUUUAUCACUGAGAUGGGGAAGAUUAAACCUAGGUAUAAGACUGGAUUGACUGCAAAGUCGCAGCGUAGAUUAGCUCAGGCUAUUAAGAGAGCGAGAGCUUUUGGCUUGAUGCCGGUUACUAGCAAGUCGUACUUUAUGUAUAACUACAAGUCUUUGGGACGCGGCGGUGGCAGUGGUUCUCGCUAAAAGGACUUGAAAGCUUAGCCCAAUGCAGAGUACUUAAAUAUAAGUUUUUUUACAGCAUUUUUAAAGUGGGGCGUAACUUUGUAAACAUUUAUAAAGUUUAACUGUUUUUCAAAAAUAUAAAAAUUGUUUAAUGUUU